AUGGCCAAGAAACCAAAGAAAUGUACUAGAGUGCGCACGGGCUGUUAUACUUGCAAGAUCCGGCAUGUCAAAUGCGAUGAGGCUCGGCCAGCGUGUGUGAGAUGUACUAGCACCGGACGGAAGUGCGAUGGCUAUCCCCUAGAAUUGCUAAAGGUUGGUGAGCCAAAAGAACGGAGGACAUUGCAACCCGCUUUGGCCGUUCCUCUUUUCACCAAAGCUGGCGAGAGUAUAUCCUUCGAUUACUUUCGUCGGCAUACCGCGGCUCAACUCCUGGGAUGUUUCCAUGCUUCCUCCAAGGAUCUUUUGAUUCUCCAAAUGUGCUAUGCUGAACCCGUCAUCCGAUACGCUGCCAUCUCCCUGGCGGACUUGCAUCGCAGCUUUGCAAACUCAGUUAACCCUAAGGGUCAGUCGAGCAGCAAUACGCAGCAUUCUGCUCUGGUCCAUUAUGCAUCCGCUCUCACACACAUGAAAUCUCUGCUCUGUUCAAAGAUCCAGUCUAUGGACACCUUUCUGACCGCUUGUCUCCUGCUUUCUUCAAUCGAAAUUUUCCAAGGUCGGUACCAAGCCGCUGAUGUACACCUGCGCUGUGCCUUCCAUAUGUCAGAGAUAGCAAAAGGCACGGACAGGGGAGCGGCGACGCAGGACAGUCCCAACACAUCCAUCAUAUCCAAAUACCCUAUGAUCGGUACCUUGAUGCGCAUGCGAUUCCAAUGUGAUUUGUUCCUGGAUGUUGCUUCCACUACUCCCGGCGCUCUUAUUAAACCAGGGCAGCAUUUCUCCAUCGCCCCACCGGACAUUUUCACGUCCUUGGGUGAGGCUCAGGAUAUUCUUUUCAACCAGAUCGAUAGGUUCUUUCGACUCAUCAACCAGAUAGCUCUGGCAAAAAUUGCAACCACGCCCGGUGUGACGUCUUGUGAUGUCGGUGAUCGACGUAAAUACCCGGGAGCCAUGGCGGGGAGCGAGGUCUUUCUUCGAGAGAUGCAAACUGAGGGAGUGUCCGGGUUGGAUCAGUGGGAUCGCGCUUACCAGGCGUUUCGGAGCCGAUAUGCUCAUACGUUUUCAACUCCUGAGCAGCACGCAGCGACGCUCGUCGAGAUUUACCGCGAUGCUUUGCGAAUGCUACUCCAGAUGGACCACUCUCAGGGAGCACUUGCACACGAUCCGUUUGAACGGGGAUUUGGGUUGCUUUUAUCGAGGCUACAGCUGCUUUUAGACGAGUCGCCUCAACCCGCAUGCACUGCUGAGGCGCCACCAGUUUUUACUUUGGAAAUCGGGAUUGUGCCUAUUCUCUAUUUUAUUGCUACAAAUUGUCGAAACUAUGGUACCCGCCACGCCGCGCUUGCUAUCCUGGCAGCGGCACCUCGUAGGGAGGGGACAUGGGAUGGCUCUAUAAUUUAUACUAUCGCCCAGCGCUCUGUGGCCCUCGAGGAGGAGGGUCGAUUGGACGGCGACCAGAGCGCACGAGGUAUCCCUCCAAGCAGUCGUUUGAUAGGAAUGGAAGCUGGGAUUGAUCCGGUCAAGCAGAGUGCUUUCCUCGUGUUACAUCAGCUCGAACAUACUCGCCGUGAGAAGAUUAAAUGGUAA